UAUUCUACAGAUGAGAAAAGGAACGCCUGUUUGUCGACUGAAAGGGUUAGCACAACCACCUGAUCUUGCUCAGGAUGGUGACAUUUUUAUUGGAGGCAUUUUUUCAUUUCGCACAGAUCAGGAUUUUUUCAUUGACACAUUUCAGUCAAUUCCAGGACUCAGAAAAUGUUUCAAUUUCAAUUUUAGAGAAUUUAAAUUUGCUCAAACAAUGAUCUUUGCUAUAAAUGAAAUCAACAAAGAUCCCGGCAUGCUGUCUGGUGUUAGAAUUGGCUACAAGAUUUAUGAUAGCUGUGGAACCAUGGACAUACUGAGAACUGCACUGGCUCUUGUGAGUGGACUAAAAACAGAAGUCAGUGAUGACAACUGCACAAAAACUGAUACAGUGCAAGCUAUUGUAGGACAUUCAGGAUCAAGCCCAACAAUUGCAUUUGCACAGGUUGUUGGAAGAUUUCAAAUACCUGUGAUUAGUCAUUUUGCUACCUGUGCUUGUCUGAGCAACAGAAGAGAGUAUCCAACAUUUUUCAGAACUAUCCCCAGUGAUUACUACCAAAGCAAAGCUCUGGCAAAGCUAGUGAAGUAUUUUGGGUGGACCUGGGUUGGUGCUGUAGCUGCGAACAAUGAAUAUGGCCUGAAUGGCAUUGCAGCAUUCAUCCAAGCUGCACACAACUACGGAGUUUGCAUAGAGUACUCUGAAGCUUUUUCAUCUUCAGAUCCACCACAUGUUCUUCAGAAAAUAGUACAAACUAUUGAACAUUCCACUUCCAAGGUUAUCAUUGCUUUCACAAGUCAUAGAGAAAUUAAAUUGCUGGCUUCUGAGUUGUACAAAGAGAACAUAACAGGGCUGCAGUGGAUUGGCAGCGAUGCAUGGAUCACGGAUCCCUCGUUGACAGACAGCGAAGGAUAUGCAAUCCUGCUGGGCUCACUUGGCUUCACUGUUGCCAAAGCAGAGAUCCCUGGGCUGGAGGAGCAUCUAAGGCAGCUCCACCCUUCACAGUUUCCUAACAGUCAGUUUGUCAGAGAUUUCUGGGAAGAUGUGUUCGACUGCUCUCUUAACAAAACUGUGAACUCACAAAAGCAGCCGUGCAGUGGCUUUGAGAGCUUGCAAAAUGUUUCCUCACAGUUCACUGAUGUGUCUGAGCUCAGAUUUACUAAAAAUGUUUACAAGUCAGUGUACGCAUUGGCUCAUGCUCUUGACAGUUUGAAUAAAUGUGAUGAUGAUAAAAGGCUGCUCUCUAAUGUGAGCUGUUACAACACUAAAAACAUUCAACCAUGGCAGGUAUUGCAGUAUCUAAACUCUGUCAAUUUCACCACUGUGAAUGGGGAAAGAGUUUAUUUUGACAAAAAUGGUGACUCACCUGCAAGAUAUGAUCUUGUCAAUUUACAAAUUACAAACAAAGGAACCAUGGAAGGUGAAACUGUUGGCAUUUUUGAUGCUUCCCUUCAAGAUGACAAUCAAUUCAUUUUGAACAACAUCUCAGUUGUUUGGGGUCAUGGGUUGACCAAGGUGCCUGUGUCAGAAUGCAGCAAGAAAUGUCUCCCUGGAACAUAUAAGGUCUUACAGAAAGGAAAACCCAUUUGCUGUCAUGACUGCAUACCCUGUCCAGCAGGUGAAAUCAGUAAUUUAACAGAAUCACUACAAUGUAUGAAAUGCCCACCAGAGUUCUGGUCCAGCAAACAAAGAGAUGCCUGCAUCCCAAAAACAAUAGAGUUUCUGGCCUAUGAUGAAAUCUUGGGAGUACUGCUGGCAAUAAUUUCUCUGCUUGGAAUUUUUCUAACCAUGAUCAUAACACUAAUAUUCUACAAUCAUAUAGAGACCCCAUUAGUACGCGCUAACAACUCUGAGCUGAGCUUCCUGCUACUCUUCUCAUUGACUCUGUGUUUCUUGUGUUCUUUAACCUUCAUCGGUCGUCCGUCUGGGUGGUCCUGCAUGCUGCGACACACAGCAUUCGGCAUUACCUUUGUACUCUGCAUAUCUUGUGUUCUUGGUAAAACAAUAGUGGUUUUAAUAGCAUUCAGAGCUACACUUCCAGGCAGUAAUAUGAUGAAAUGGUUUGGGCCCUCACAGCAGAGGCUUAGCAUUCUGGCUUUAACUUUUAUACAAGUUUUAAUUUGCAUACUUUGGCUCUCAACAAGCCCACCUUUCCCUUUUAUGAAUCUGUUGCUCCAUGAGGACAGAAUCAUCUUACAGUGUAAUCUUGGGACAACUGUUGGAUUUUGUGCUGUUUUGGGGUACAUAGGAUUUCUGGCUAUAUUGUGCUUUGUUUUUGCCUUUUUGGCUCGAAAUCUGCCCAAUAACUUUAAUGAGGCUAAAUUUAUCACUUUCAGCAUGUUGAUAUUCUGCGCAGUUUGGAUUGCGUUCAUCCCAGCAUAUGUCAGCUCUCCUGGGAAGUUUGUUGAUGCUGUGGAAAUAUUUGCAAUUUUGGCCUCAUCCUAUGGCCUUCUAUUCUGCAUAUUUCUGCCAAAAUGUUACAUCAUCUUGUUUAGGCCUGAGCAAAAUACCAAGAAACACAUGAUGAGGAAGGCACCCAAAUCUGAUACAUAAAAUUGUCAUUUGUUUCACUUUUACAAAGGUUUUUGCAGUGUUUUUAUUCUGAUUAAACUGUAGCUUUUUUGUGUUUUGUGGUG